CUUUAUUACUUGCUAUGUUUCUUGUACCAAAUUUACCAUAUCCUACAUUAGGUCUUCAGUUCCUAUUUACCUUGCUUCUGCUUGCGUACUGGCAAUUUACUUGGUUGUUGUGCAAUCUCUUAAAAAAAUGUGCCCUGCUCCCUACCCAUUUCCCAGUGUUCUUUCGUUUUACCACUUACUUGGUUGUUAACUGUGCAUACGCCACUAUUGCCUCUUGGAAUCCUUGUGUUUAUCAUAGUAUCCUGCAGUGUACUUCGAUUUACUGGCCUUACCUUCUACAACUUUGUUUAACUUUUGCAGGAAAACUGGUGCUGCAGGUGCUGCGCGUCGUCCUACAGUUACUCUUGAAGAAACCGAUGUUCCGAUAGCGUCCUUCAGAUCCCUGUUGGACAUCCUUUGCCAACCGAAUCGGCGAAUCCUGUCUCUGGAAAUCUUAAUGCCCUCGGUGUCAAUUUGCAGACAACAACAAUUCAGCCUUUGUCACAGCAACCUAUGUCUAUAAAUCCUGCACCUGUACGGCGCCGUCGCUUGGUUGUUUAUUCUGAUGAAGACGAACCUGUUGUCCCUUUGGAACUGCAAGACUUGGAUGUUGAACUUCCACUGCAAGAACAGCCUGUUGGAAACUCUUCGACUUAUCCUGUUCCCACUGUUGACGUUCCUUUGCCUUCUCCUCUUCUU